GCUUCUUGUUUCCCGAUACACUAGAUCCUCCGUCACCAUGUCCCCCAACGUCUCAUACUUCAACCACAACAGCAGGGAUGCACCAAGAGGCCCUGUGAAGAACAUCUGCUGCAUCGGUGCUGGCUACGUCGGUGGACCAACCUGUGCGGUUUUGGCGUGGAAAUGCCCUGACAUCAAGGUCACCAUCACCGAUAUUUCCGAAGAACGCAUUGCAGCUUGGAACAGCGAGGAGCUCCCCAUCUUCGAACCUGGCCUAGAUGCCGUCGUCAAGGAGGCUCGCGGUCGCAACUUGUUCUUCUCUACGGAUGUCGACGGAUCGAUUGCGGCAGCCGACCUGAUCUUCGUAUCCGUCAACACUCCCACGAAGGAAGCCGGUAUCGGUGCAGGUCUCGCCGCCGAUCUGUGCUACGUGGAGGCUGCAACUCGACGCAUUGCGACCGUAAGCAAGAAGGGCGCGAUCAUCGUCGAGAAGUCGACAGUACCCUGCAGGACAGCCGAAAGCAUGCGCAAGAUCCUCGAGGCGGUCAGCCCCUCUACCGACGCAUCGUUUGAGAUCCUUUCCAACCCGGAAUUUCUGGCGGAAGGCACCGCCAUUGAGGACCUCCUCGAUCCCGCCCGAGUCUUGAUCGGAGCUAUGCCUACCCCUGGAGGCCAGCUUGCCCAACAACGCUUGGCAGAAGUAUAUGCCCGUUGGGUCAGGCCAGAGGCCAUCAUCACCAUGGGUCUCUGGUCGAGCGAGCUGAGCAAACUGGCAGCCAACGCGCUGCUUGCUCAGCGGGUAUCCUCAAUCAACGCCAUAGCCGCCAUCUGCGAAAAGACCGAGGCCAAUGUGCACGAGGUUUCGUCAGCUUGCAGAUUGGACCUGAGAAUUGGUAGCAAGUUUCUCGAAGCAGGCGUCGGCUUUGGAGGCAGCUGCUUCCAGAAGGACCUGCAGAAUCUCAUCUACCUCUCUCUCAGUCUCGGUCUGCCCGAGGUAGCUGAAUAUUGGAAGCAAGUGCUUGUCAUGAACGCAUGGACGAAGCGACGUUUCUCGAAGGACAUCGUCCAGAAGAUGUUCUCGACGAUCACAUCCAAGCACAUUGCCGUCCUCGGGUUCGCAUUCAAGGCCGACACUGGUGAUACACGAGAGGCUCCCGCCAUCGAUGUUUGCAGGGACCUUCUUGAGGACGGUGCCGUGGUCCACAUUUACGACCCGAAAGUAUCGGAAGCCUCCAUCGAUCGAGCGCUCAUGGCCAAAGGAGCAUGCUCUCAUACGGCGACUAAGGGCAAGGGUUACAUUGUUGAGCCGUCCAUGCAGCAGGCUUGUGCCGGUGCAUCUGCACUCGUAUUCAUGACCAAUUGGACAGAAUUCAGCUCCAAACAAGUGGACUGGAAGGCAAUCUACCAGAGCAUGUCCAAGCCAGCCUUCAUCUUUGACGGCCGUAAUGUCGUCAAGGACGUGGAGGCGCUCAAGAAGAUUGGGUUCUCCGUCUACAAGUCUGGGGUGGGCUACUGAAUCGUCGCUCCGUUCGUGUAAGUCUACUCAGCCCUCGGUACGAUCCGUGCUGGUGGACCCCUUCGCGCUUGUGUUCUACUUCCGUUGUCAUCGUGCUUUCGUUUCCGAAUAUAUACCACAUGCUAUAGACAUUUUUCAAACUCGCACGCCGUUGUCG